AUCUUCAUCUGGAACUUUCCUUAAUCAUUCUCGAUUAUCCACGCCAAAUACCGAAAGCAAAGCAUUUCAAUUAAAUGACGGGGACAUUGUUCAACUCGGCGUCGAUUAUCAAGGAGGAACAGAAGAAAUCUAUCGAUGUGUGAAGAUGCGCAUAGAAUUAAAUCAUUCAUGGGAUGGACAGGUGAAUGCUUUUAGCUGCAAUGAGUACAAAGAUUUCAUGAGUCUAUCAGGAAAUGAAGCUCACAAGCAAAAAAAAAAGGAUUGCGUCAUUUGCCUGUGUGGCACUGGACCACGUCAAGCACUGUUCCUUGCUCCUUGCGGUCACUCCUUUCACUACAAAUGUAUAAAGUAUGAAAUUGAUAGACGUUACCCAGGAUUCAUAUGUCCCAUAUGUCGACGUUCCGCGGAUCUCGCUGCGCCUAUUGAGAAUAUACCCGACCUGGAACUGCCGGAGGAGGAACAAGAAGAAGUAUCGAAAAAGGGCACAGAAGAAUCUACAAGCCCUAAGAAAGGGCAGAAUAUAGAAAAAAUGACCGGCAACGAAGUUCAACCGCAAUUAACUGCGAAUCCACCUAAUUUAACUGAAGAACGACCUAAUCUAAUUGGCCGUUCGCCCGCCGUUCGCUCUUCGGUUCCAAUAAAUAAUUCCUUUGCCGUACCAAUACCAGGGGACAAAAAAACAUCGAGCUCAUUGGAAGUUGACGAUCCAAACAUAAUGCUCAGUAAAACUUUACCGUCAAGCUCACCACCAAUUCCGGGGAUGAGUUUUAUUGACGAAGGCAUUGACAGUGGUCCGUCAUCACCUACGAAUCAGCAUCACCUGCUCCGGGAAUCAGGUGAAACACCAAGAUUAGGAGAGAUUGCCGAGGAAGAUGAAGGUUCAAUGAGCUCAUCAUCGUUAAAUCCACCAGGUCAGAAUCAAAUUCAUCAGACGUCCUCCUUUCAGGAACCAAGUUUGUCAUCGGCAAGCGCGAGCGACAACGAUGAUGAUGCGAUCUUGAUAGGACUUCAAAGAUUUGACUUAAGGACGGGGGAUAUUUCAACCGUGAAUGGGCGACCGGAUGAUUCAAGAACAAAAGGGAAAGGAGUCGAUAGACUUGGGAUGGGUCACAGAGGUGAAGAUGUUUUAUGA